GCCGCUGAGUUGAUAAACAGCCGCAGAAAACUUGUCGAGCAGUUAACUUGCUGUCUUUAAACACCCUCGAAGAACAACACAGAGAAAAUGUGAGACGUGUGUUGUUUACCCUGAGACAAGAAUCACCGAAGAAUAAAGAUCCAUUACGGAGACAGCAUUAGCUCCCCAUCCGCUAGCCUCCCUGAAGGUAUGCAUUCCCGCCUCGAUGUGUAAAUCCCUGAGCCGUCCCUCUCGCCGCCUCUUCCUCGAAAUUGCCCGCCACGCCCGGCAGAUGGCAGCACCGGCGCCGCCCUUGUGUAUUGCAGAUCCAAAACACAACAGUAGCGAACUCUCAGCGGCUAAGAGUAAAUCUUCCAUGAAAGAAGACAUGACACACGGAAACUAAAACCUGAGAGAGUAUUCUUCAAUUAGAAGCCUGGCAUUUAAGCAAGUGUAGAUGUCCUAAGAUGGAGAGUGACAGAUGCUACACCAGCAGAAGGGGAGGAACCAGUGUGGAAAAGCCAGAGUGUAGAUAAUGAUGAGUGUUGUAGUGUGAGCAGAGUGAAGUGCAGUGCAGUAAAGUGAAGUGCAAAGAAGAGAAAAAAUGGCUUGUGUGUGUACAUACCCCUGUGCUAGCCUGACCCUAUGAGAACUCUAACUUGCUUCAAAGACCAUGGGUGACCAGGAGGCUCUGGCGAGUCCUGGUGUAGUGGAGGAGGGGUCAUGGAGGACCUGGGGGGCUAGGAAUAGCAGUUGGGAGGAGCUGAUCCCUCAUGUGGGGCAGGAGACCUCUGGACUGCUUUCAUCUCAGGGCAGAAGCAGCAGCAGGAACCUCCCGUUGAUAUGCCGUCCCUGGCGGCUGUGGCAGCGGACCACAUUGUGCUUCGCUGGCACACGCAAGUCCUGGAGGCGCUCCAUGUUCUUCCUGGCAGUUCUAGUCUGUUUAUUGGUGGUUUAUUCUCUUAUGGAGUCGCCUCACCGAUCCUUUAUGAGCUCUGUACUGUGUUCCAGCCUGGUGCGUGGGCGGCCUCCUGAGUCGGUCUUCCAGUGUGGCAACCAUGGCAACUUCAGUCUCCACCAGCACCACCAACCACCCAAGUCUUCAGAGAAUCGGCUGCGGGAGGACCCCAAGGUGCUGCUCUUCACCGAGACACAGUACUCUAGGCUGGGGAAAGCCAUCACAGAGAUACUAGUGGCAAACAGAAUUAAGUACAAAAUGGAGGUCUUUGGUAAAUCUCUUCCCGUGCUUACAAACCUUUCGAAGGGCAAGUAUGGAACAGUGGUGUUUGAGAACUUCGAGCGGUACCUGCAGAUUGACCAGUGGAACCGCGAACUCUUAGACAAAUACCUUCGGGACUAUAAUGUAGGAAUAGUUGGCUUCAUGCCGACUCACGAAGAAACGCAAGUGGGGGCAAAAUUGAAGGGCUUUCCACUCUUCAUCCAUACCAACAUGGCAUUGGAGAAUGCAAGCCUCAACAGUGACAACCCAGUUCUGAGACUAACCCGAGCUGGAGGAAAUGUCUCGGGGAACCUACCGGGGACGGACUGGACUGUCUUCGUGUCUGAUGACCCCAACUACAUGCCAUUAGAGUGGGCAUGUUCAAGUGUACCUCAUUUUGCCCAAGAAAAGCUUGUCUCUGCUGUUUUGGACAAGGGGGCAGUAGAUGGGAUUCAGCGUGUGGUGUUUGGGGGAGGCUUGGAGUUCUGGCUACACCGGCUGCUAUUUCUUGAUGCUAUAUCCUACCUCAGUAUGGGCCGCCUCUCAGUUUCCCUCGACCGCUACAUGCUGGUAGACAUAGAUGACAUAUUCGUUGCUCGGAAAGGAAUCCGAAUGACGGCAGAUGAUGUCACGGCAUUGCUAGAAUCUCAGAAGCGACUGCAGGAGAUGGUGCCUGGCUGGAAGUUCAACCUUGGUUUUAGUGGGAAAUACUACCAGCAUGGUUACCCUGAAGAGAAUAUGGGAGAUAGGAAACUCUUAGAACAUGUGGAUGACUUUUGGUGGUUUGGGCACAUGUGGGGACACACUCAGCCUCACAAACUUACCCCAGCCGGCCUUGAAGCUCAGAUGCAGCGUAACAAGCAGUUUGCAAUUGAUCAUGGCAUUCCCACAGAUUCAGGAUAUAGCGUGGCUCCACAUCACUCUGGUGUUUACCCAGUGCACGAGCCACUUUAUGAUGCCUGGAAGAAAGUGUGGAAUGUAAGAGUCACUUCUUCAGAAGAGUAUCCACAUCUCUAUCCAGCCAGACUUCGCAGAGGUUUCAUACACCGAAAUAUAAUGGUGCUACCAAGGCAGACAUGUGGAUUGUUUACUCACACUAUCUUCAUUGACAAGUACCCAGGAGGGAGAUCAAUGUUAGAUAAGAGUAUCCAUGGAGGAGAGCUCUUUCAGUUUAUCGUUUUUAACCCAAUCAGUAUCUUCAUGACACACCUCAGCAACUACGGCAAUGACCGCUUGGCUCUCUACACCUUUGAGUCUGUUAUCAAAUUCAUCAAAUGCUGGACAAACCUGAACCUCCAGACUGUGCCACCUCUGCAGCUUGGCGAGAAGUACUUCCAUCUUUAUCCUGAGGAGAAAGAUCCAAUUUGGGGGGAUCCCUGUGCUGACCGCCGUCACAUGGAGAUUUGGUCCAAGAACAAAACAUGCGAGCAGUUGCCCAAGUUUUUGGUGAUAGGCCCACAGAAAACAGGCACCACUGCUCUGUAUACCUUCCUGACCAUGCACCCAGCCAUUGUUGCUAAUUACCCAUCCCCAGAGACCUUUGAGGAGAUACAGUUCUUCAAUGGCAAGAACUAUUACAAGGGCAUUGAUUGGUAUAUGCAGUUCUUCCCCAUCCCCAAGAACUCCUCUGGCAAAUAUUUGUUUGAGAAAAGUGCCACAUACUUUGAGGGAGAAGUGGUGCCUAAGAGAGUCAAGUCUCUGCUUCCCAGUGCUAAAUUGGUUGCAAUCAUCAUACCCCCAGGACGACGUGCAUAUUCCUGGUAUCAUCAUAUGCGGGCUCAUAACGACCCCACGGCACUGCAGUACUCCUUUUACCAAGUUAUCACAGCCACAGACUCCUCUCCUCGUCAACUCAGGGACCUCCGUAACAAAUGUUUAAACCCAGGCAUGUAUGCCAAGCAUAUUGAGAGAUGGCUGGACUACUACCCAGCUUCACAGUUAAUCAUAAUUGAUGGAGAAGAGCUCAGAAAUGACCCUGUAUAUAUUAUGAAUGACUUGCAGAAGUUCCUGGAGAUAGAGCCAUUUUAUAAUUACACAGAACAUUUACGGUAUGACAAGCGGAAAGGGUUUUACUGCCAGGUAAUUGAGGAAGACAAGACCAAGUGCCUGGGACGUGGGAAGGGAAGAGUUUAUCCCCCCAUGAAUGAAUCAGAGUCCAAGAUUUUAAAGGACUUCUACCAGAGCUACAAUGUUGCUUUGGAGAAGCUCAUCACAAGACUGGACUACCCUGUGCCUGGCUGGCUAGAGGAUGACCUGCAGUAAUCCAAGGAGUCACUGGGGCCAGUAAAAUGCAGGACUCAGGCUUUAAGGAGCUGCAUUGUCUGUGCUUUACUGUCUACUGUUUUGUUUUGUUUUUCUUUGUUUUUAUUUUUGUUUUUGUUUUUUUCUUUCUUUCGUUCUUUCUGUCCUCUAUCAUACUGUGUGUUGGUGCUCCAGCUAAGUGUUCCAAGCCAAUAGAGGUGAUAUGAAGGUACAAGAAUUAUCUGUUGUUGUAUUGUUUUGUGUUGUUGACAUGUUUUUCAUUAUUAUUAUUAUCAUUUUUUUUUUUUUCAUGAUUAAUGAUUAAUUAUUAUCAUUAUUAUCAAUAUUAUUAUUGCUUCAUAUGUUACUUAAAUAAGUUUCAUAGAAAAUUCAUUUAUGAAGGACAUUUGAAAGAAAAAAGCUCAAAUAUUUUUUACUUGUGAAAUUCAAUCUUCCCCCUUCCUCAGCACUGACAAAGAAAGAUGAUACAAAUGAUAUCAUUAGUCUGCAGAUUUUAUUUAGAUAUUCAUAACAGCUCUCACAGGUUGCUUACAUAUAUGUAUAAGACUCAUUCAUUUUUCUCAAUAUUAUUGAUAAUUUCAAUAUUGUUAAUAGUUUUGUUGUCAUACUUAAAUUUGGGUAAUUUAUAUAGACCUUUGUAUUAAGCAACACAGUGUUUAUGUAUUGCCAAAAAAUUAUAAGAAGAAAAAAAAGAAAAGGAAAAAGAUUAUAGUCUUCUACAAUGAAAUGUGUGCAAGAUUGCCAGUUAGGUGAGGGGGAAGUUUGAAACUUUUUAUCAGAUAUACAUUUAAAAUAAUAAUCCAUUUUUAACACAAAUAGAACUAGUCAAGACAGUUCCAUUUCUCUGUACAAAAUUGAAGGGAAGAAUAUCCAAUCCAGUCGCAGCUUUUUGUUAAGAUAGCGAGCGUGGGAAAUUUGUCUCGAUGACUUGCCGCAUUGAAAGGAUUGGGAGAAUUCUCAGCAAAGUAAAGGGUUUUUGCCUGAACUUUUUCUUCCAAAGUAUUCUUGUGGGAAAGUAGUUUUUCUUUUUUCUCAUUAUUUUUCUUUAACAUCAUUUUUCCUUCCUCAGCUUUCUUUUUCUUCUUCCUCUUUUUGAAUUUACUUUCCUCUUUCCCUUUUUUCUGUUUCAUCUCCUCCUUCUUUAUCGAAUUUUAUAAUACAGUACAUUCUGGGAGAACGAGUAUUUCUUGCAGGCGUUUUCUUGUAAUUGUGUUUAUUUCCUUAAUGAUUAUUAAUGACACUUUUUCCAUAGCUGACUCUAUAUCUAUGUAUCUAAAGUACUUUCAUACCAAUAAUUAGUUCCUGGUGUAAAAAACAGAAAAAAGGAAAAAAAAAAAAAGCAUUUUUAGUGUUAUUUUGUGGUGACUUAUUUGGGUAACUGGUGUUUAGUUAUCCUGAGAAAAGUUCCCGUUCUGGUAAGGGAACAAAGGGGCUCAAGGAAUGGUGAUUGGUAACAACUAGAUUGAGGUGUUCAGAAUAAAUUAAUAAGUACAGGAUUGAAUAAAUAAGAAAAU